UAUGUACAUAGUUAAAUGUCAAAACCAAUAACAGCUGUUAUAACAGGAAAUAUUCAACGUAUAUCGAAAAGAAUGAUUACUUCAGUUGAAGAUUCUCAUAAUGAGGAUAGAAUACAAAAACGUGUAAAUAAAAUACUUGAAACAAGGUUGGAAACUGAUAAAGAUACUUUGGAUGCUCUGAGUAAUCUUUCGAAUUUCUUCGUUGAAAACACCUUGCAAAAUAGGCGAAAUCUUCGCAGUGAAAUUGAGCGUCGCACUGUUGGUAUAAAUGAGAGUUUCCUCCAAGCUUUUCGGGAAGUUAAGAAUACACUUGAUACGGUAUGCGAAGACUUAGACGCUAUGGCAAUAUCAGUUCAGACUAUGAAAUGUAAUUUGGAAUCUUCUAAAGCUUUGACACAUGACUUAAUUAGUCAAACUAAUUCAUUGCAAACUGAACGUGAACGUCUUCAAGUGGAUCAACAAAUUGCGGAAGCUUUUCUAGCGCGCUUCCAACUAACAGUGCCCGAACAUCAAAUUUUAUAUGGCACUACAAAAGAUGCACAAAUCGUGCCUGAAUUUUUCACCGUUCUUAAUCGUGUACAGAGUAUUCAUGCCGAUUGCCGCGCACUAAUGCAAUGUGGCUAUCAAACCGCUGCUUUAGAAAUAAUGGAAGAGAUGACGUUGCAUCAAGAAGGCGCCUUUGAACGCCUAUAUCGAUGGACACAAAAUCACUGUCGAAAUUUGGAAAAUAAUGAAAUCGGUUCUUUAGUCGUUGAGGCUAUGAGCCGACUUCAAGAUCGACCAGUUCUUUUCAAGUAUGUAAUUGAUGAAUACGCUAUUGUUCGGAGAGCGGUACUGGUUCGACUAUUCAUCGAAGCUUUGACUGAAGGCGGAGCCAAUGGUAGUCUAAAGCCUAUUGAAUUGCAUGCCCAUGAUCCCAAGCGAUAUAUAGGCGACAUGUUUGCCUGGUUGCAUCAGGCUAUACCAAACGAAAAAGAAAAUUUAUCGAUGCUCCUAAAAAAAUGUGAUAAAAAUGAUUUGUCGGAGCAAACGCAAACUGCCCUGGCCUACAUAGCUGAUGGUGUCUGUCACCCCUUGAAAGUGCGUGUUGAAACAAUACUGACAUCAGAAAAGGACACUAUCGUUUUGUUUGCUAUAUCCAACCUGCUAAGAUUUUACCAGCAAAUUAUCAAACAGGUUGUUAAAGGUGGAGCACUUGAGCAAACGCUAAUUGAUUUGCAAAAAACUAGUGAGGAGAUAUAUUUGAAUUCCCUCUCUAAUCAAGUGCGUAGCAUUUUACAAAGACCAGCUAGUGCUAGCUUGGGCAUUGAACCACCUCAGCGAGAUCUAGUACCACCGGUGAGUGUGGGACGCCUGUUAAAUAUGCUCAAAGAAAUACUAUCGGUAGCAACCAUGGUUGACGGUCGGCAAACAGAUAUUACGAAGAUUGUAUCCUGCGUGAUCGAUCCCUUGCUGCAGUCCGUCCAAGAGUCUGCCUCACACUUACCCACAACCGACAUGGCUGUAUACCUAUUAAAUUGUCUUUACCACAUGCAAAGCUCGCUCGCCGUCUAUGAAUACAUGGAUGAACGUGUAGAGCGUCUGCAAGCACAGUCAGAUGCUCAAAUAGACACACUCAUUUCCGAACAGGCAUCAUCGCUGGUGGCAAACUUAAAUUUGGGACCCAUCUACACGAUACUACAGAAUAAUCAAACAAAGAUCGAGGCAAACCUCUUGAAAAUAUUCAUGAACAAAAUGGAUGCCUUCUUGGAAAUGCCAGACAUGCUGCUGCUUCCGCAAGUGCAGUUGCUGAUGUCCAGUGCACAUCGUAAUGCGGUACAAAAGCGAGCUUUCAACGUAAUCGUGGCCAUAUACAAGCAGAUCUACGAACGCGUGCAUGAUCCGGCCAACGGUUUUGAGAACCCAGACGCAGUUUUUAGUAAAACUCCGGAGCAGGUUGCAAAGAUAUUGGCUGUUUAGUGCACUACGACGCUGCCACAUCUUUAUCAAUUAUAUUUAACGUUUAAAUAAUAUUAAUAUAAACUAAUCUCUCUAGUAAAGAGUAUAAAAUUUUCGGAAA